CCUCCACCUCUCGCCUUCAGCCCUUCACUAGCCAUUUGAAAAAGCCUCCAAGCCACCUGCAUUUCAUAACCACUGGACCAUAAAUACAUAUCGUAAACGCUGGAUCACUUUACUUUUCAAUUCUCUCUUCUCCUCUAUAGUCUUCUGAUUUUGUCCGCAUCUUAUCGCCGGUAAAUUUUCUCUCUGUAAAAGGUCCGGCGACAUGUCCGAGUUCGAGACCUGCGUUGACUACGGCUUGAAGCUCUCAAAGAGAAUUUACUAUGGAAAGGAAUUGCCUCCGGCGCCGGAGCCAGGAAUGUCGAAGUCAUCGGAGAGCUUAUUACCGAAUGCGGUGAUGGUGUAUGCGGUGGUUCCAGAGCCAGAGGCAGUGGAUAAUCCGGACGUUCCGAGCUACCAACCGUAUGUGCACGGGAGGUGCGAUCCGCCGGCGAUGAUGCCUUUGCAUAUGCAUGGAGCAGCUAUGGAAGUUGAGUGUUGUUUAGAUCAUGCAAACGUUAGUUUUAGAGGUAAGUGGCGCUUGCACUGCAUCAAGACGGGUAGGAAGUGUGAUUGCCGCAUCGCCAUUCCCAUGGGAGACCAGGGUUCAAUUCUAGGUCUUGAGGUUGACAUUACUGGGAGAUCAUAUCAUAGCCAACUGAUCACAGCAGAAGAAACGAAAGAUAAUGAAAAAAUAAAUAAAGGAGGAGAUGGAAAUUAUUUGAAAGGCAGUAUUUAUACAUUUAAAAUCCCACAGGUUGGUGGAGGGACAAUAAUUUCAGUUAAAGCGACUUGGUCUCAAAAGUUGGCAUAUAAUGAGGGCCAAUUCUGCCUCAAUGUACCAUUUAGUUUUCCGGCAUUUGUCAACCCGAUUGGCAAGAAAAUUUCCAAGAGAGAAAAGAUAAUGUUAAAUGUGAAUUCUGGUUUUGGAAACGAAAUUUUGUGCAAGAGUACUAACCAUGCUCUAAAGGAGCUAAGGCGUGAGGUUGGUAAAAUGGGUUUCUUAUAUGAAGCAGAAGUACCAACUUGGUCAAGUGCUGACUUUAAUUUUUCAUAUUCUGUCCCCUCGAAGGACUUAUUUGGUGGUGUGUUCUUGCAGUCCCCACUUCUGCGAGAUUUUGAUGAUAGGCAGAUGUUCUGUUUCUAUCUUUUCCCCGGAAAUAACCAGAGGAGGAAGGCUUUCAGGAAGGAUGUGAUCUUUAUAAUUGAUAUAAGUGGAAGCAUGAAUGGAGCUCCUUUUGAGAAUGCGAAGAAUGCGCUAAUAUCAUCACUCUCUAAACUCAAUUCUGAAGAUUCUUUCAACGUAAUUGCUUUCAAUGGGGAGACCUAUUUAUUUUCAUCAUUAUUGGAGCCGGUAACACAGGGAACAAUAUCAAAAGCUACCCAGUGGCUUAGUGAUAAUUUAACCGUUGGUGGUGAUACAAACAUUUUGCUUCCUCUUAAACAGGCUAUGAAGCUGUUGGCUGAAACUACUGAUUCAAUUCCUCUUAUUUUUCUCAUCACUGAUGGGGCUGUUGAGGAUGAAAGGGAUAUUUGCAAUUUUGUGAAAGAGUCUCUUAAAAGUGGAGGAUCAAUUUCUCCUCGUUUAUGUACAUUUGGCAUUGGAUUAUAUUGUAACCACUAUUUCUUGCAAAUGCUAGCACAAAUAGGAAGGGGUUAUUUUGAUAGUGCUUAUGAUGCAGAUUCAGUUGAUUUUCGAAUGCAGCGGUUAUUUUCAACUGCUUCAUCGGUCAUCCUAGCAAAUGUUACAGUGGGUGCUUUGGAACAUUUUGAUUCACUCGAGUUGCUUCCAUUUAGAAUUCCAGACCUCUCAUGUGGAAGUCCAUUGGUUGUAUCAGGCAGAUAUACUGGAAACUUUCCGGACUCUGUAAAAAUUAAUGGUACUUUGGCAGAUAUGAGCAAUUUCACAAUAGAAUUAAAAACGCGAAAGGCAAAGGAUGUUCAACUUGAUAAAGUGCUUGCUAGGAGACAAAUUGAUGUUCUCACUGCUAACGUAUGGAUGUCAGAAAGCAAAGACCUUCAGCAAAAGGUUGCAGAAAUGAGCUUACAGACUGGAGUUCCAUCUGAAUAUACCCAUAUGAUUUUGCAUAAGACUGACAAAGGGGACAAAGCACCACAACCAAUUCUGAUGCAGGAGGUAUUCAACAAAAUUAACUCGCUUAGACAAGUGGAUUCAGAAAGUCAGAAUGUCAUUUUCUUGCGGAACCUAGGUGUUGGCUUUGGCAAUUUGAGUGCAACAGCAGCAAACAUUCCUCCUGGAACAGAGCAAAUAAAGUCACCUGAAGCUACAGAAUUGCUGGUUAAGGCUGCUUCCAAUUGUUGCAGUAGGCUGGUCGACAGGUGCUGUUGCAGGUGCUUCAUCCAGGCUUGUACAUACAUGAAUGGGCAGUGCUACAUUGUCCUCUCGCAACUCUGUGUUGCCCUCGCUUGCUUUCAAUGCCUCAACUGUUGCUAUGAGCUUUGUGAGUGCAUGUAAUUAUGGUGUUAAAAUAGUUUCUGAACAUAGAAAAUGUAAGUACUAUACAGUGUAAAUGGUUAUCCAACAAAAGAUACAGUGGUGUUGUUGGCAUGGAA